AUGGACGAGAAAAAGGUAAGUUUCGGCUUUGCUAAACACCACAAAAAGCCUUCUUUACUGGCCGGUCCGGCGUCGAGCGUUUCGCUGAAGAAGGACGACUCGAGACAGAUGAUUGAUUAUGUGGAGGACCAAUCAAUAAAAACCAUUGGGGAAACUGAGAAAGAACCAGCACCGUUGGUGAUACCGUUGCGAGAGCAGGAUAAAACAACGAUUCCGGAUCGGUUGGCGGAAGUGCUCGCUAUAAAGAAAAUGAAACACGAGAAGCUGAACAACGGACAGCAGCUUUCGGUCAGUACCGAUGAUACGAAUGGAGAGAGCAAGAAGGAUAUGAAAGUGAAACUUGAACCACCGGAGCGUGGAGUGAAUGUUGUGCACGAACCACCCAAAAAUGAAACGCUCGAGCAGCGGGCCACACGAGAGAUCCUGGAAGACAUACAGCAAACGAAUGUGAAAAGCGAACAGUCCAGCAACUUUGUAGUGCCACUGUUACCGGAAGAUCUUCCGCUCGAUGGUGCGCGCGAAAGUUCGAUGGAGGACUACGAGUCGGUGCCGAUCGCAAAGUUUGGCCUGGCGAUGCUGCGCGGCAUGGGCUUGAAGGAUCCGGAUCCGAAAAAAGUGGACCCGAAAGCGGGUGGUCUCGAUUUGGGGCCCGUGAUGCGCCCCAAGGGUCUCGGGCUGGGUGCUGAUCGUGCGAUGAAAGAGAAACCCAUCAAUGCGCAUUUGAUACCCCCGGCGCAAGGCGAAACGCUGACCAUGAAGUGCGGUGCCCAGGUGAAGGUGUUGGCCGGCAAAUAUGAGGACGCUUACGGAACGCGGACCCUCUAA